CCACGCGAGACGAAGCGCCACAAGAAGCCCCCCCCGCGAACCAUUCGGAGGAGCAAGCCCGUCCCCCAGACUUUCUCUCGCCUUCCAUUAGUUAACCCCUCGUUCGUUUUGGACCCCCUGCUCCCCUUCCAUCAAAUCAUCUCGCCUGGGCGCGCAACAGUUCCGCGCCGGGGAUCAGUAAGCCAACAUACCCGCGACGCAAGCCAACAGUCCAAUGGCACCCUGCCGUUGCGACGACGCCCCGGGACGUCACAGCCGGUAUGUCCGAUCGCCAGUAGUGGCAGAUCAGAGCGGCCCCGCGGCGAUAAUGCCAGCCUAGGCCGUACAAGGUAGUGAGGGAGCAAAUCUUAGCUGCUCUUUACAUACACACUAUAAACCGCUCCCCUGCCACCAUAUCAAAUAGUACUUGGUAGCCUCGGCACUUUUUUCUUCCAAAAGUUCAACCCUGGCAAGAUAUAUACAUAUUUAUAUUUCCGGCCGAGCAUAGCGUCCAGUCGUCCAUCAUCAAAUGGCUAGACCAACAGUCCUCGUCCAGCACACGCCGUUAUGGAACGCGCGGGCGACGACCGUCAUGGAGGCGUACCGCAACCGCUCCCUGCUCCGAGAUGACCGGCGUCCCAGCACUGCCGAGGGCGCAUGCGGCUGCCGGCGCCAUCUCCAGAUGAGCAGCUCGUGCGGCAUGCACCCCGACGACAGCUCCCAUCACUGCUUCGGCGAGUCGUACCACGGCGGCCGUUUCGGCGGCACAUCACUGACGACGGCGGCAUGCCACGGCCACCACACCGCCGCCGCUACAACACUACCAGACGGGACGAGGGCCGGAGUGGCGGCCGGCGGGCAGGACGGGUGCGAAUGCAAUACGGCGCGUCUAUUUGAGACGCUGGACAUUCACGACAUGGCGGGCCAUCUAUGGAUCCUGGCCCACCUCGGCGCCACCGACGAGGAGCGGGCGUCGCUGCACCGCUUCCUCCACGAUCAGCAGCAGCGACGGCGGGGGACCGCGCGCGAGGAGCCCGCGCCUCGCCCCGUCGUCGCGCAGUCGACCCUCGCGCAGCCCUACAAACGGCGGUGCGUCGGGGCCGACGGGGCUUCGAUGCCGGUCGACGACGACAUGGACUACGAGGCGGCGGCGGCGUACGACCAGGAGAGCCGCGAGUUUGGGCAAUGGAUGUGGGACACAUGGGACUACUACGUGUCGCCGUACCAACCCAGGUGGGCGCGCACCGGCGUUUGAAGCCAUGGGCGUGAUGAGGGAUGGAUUUUGGAGAUUUUAUUUUUAUUUUUCGGUCUUUUUUUGUCACGUUUUAUAGCGAGCCGACUACGACAUGGCCAGGCGUGACGGGCGCAAAUCGGCGCGAUGAAGUAAAAAAGUCUUUACGGAUCUCUGAGCGAUUGAUGGGGAAGGAACAAGACAUACGGCGUCGAGACAUUAGCUGCGUAUUACUUAUUGUCGCGCAAGGGAGCGUGUGCUGGGACACUGCUACCGUUUGACGUUCGCAUGGGACUAGCUAGGCGAGUCGUUAAAAAUCCCAAGAGUACAACGCGGUUGAUAGCUUUUGGGGUAUGGGCACGGGAGUUAUCGAUGAGUUGGCCAGCGGCCUUUGUCUCCAAAU